UGACUUUUCUUGGCAACUUCAUCAUAGUAUAUAACAGUAAUAAGGUAGUGAUUAUAGGUACACUAAAAGCCCUUCUUCUCCACUCUCUAUUGCCUGAUCUGACCGAUUGUGGUGGCUGUAAUCAUCAAAAAGAACAGUCUUGUCAUUCAUGGAGGUUUCAGCUCAUCUCUCUCUCUCAGCGCCCAUCCUUCUCAUCACUUUCUGUGCCGUAGUCAUGUCAAUCCUUUACAUUAUAACAAGUCUUAUUACUAGGAAAGGAGAUGACAGCAAGAAGCAAUCAGCCGGGGGCACGAAAACAGUCCCUGAUGCAGGCAGUACAUGGCCCUUGCUUGGCCAUCUCCACCUCUUGGGCGGUCCCCUGCCUGCUCACCUGGUCCUGGCCCAGAUGGCUGACAAGUAUGGCCCGAUCUUCACCAUCAGGUUGGGCCUCCGCUCUGCUGUGGUGGUGAGCACUUGGGAACUUGCCAAGGACUGCCUCACCACCAAUGACCGGGCCUUCGCCACUCGGCCCAAGUCUGUAAGCGCGGAGGUCAUGACCUACAACUAUGCGAUGGUUGGCCUCAGCCCAUACAGCCCGUACUGGCGCCAUGUGCGAAAGAUUUUGACCCUCAAGCUUCUUUCCAACCAACAGAUUGGGCUCCUCAGGCUAGUCCGUGAGUCCGAGGUCCUCAGCUCGAUCAGGAACCUAAAUGAGGAAUACCAGAGAAAGAACAUAAAUUACAGUAGCACCAGUGCAGCGAUGACUGUUGGAGCUUUAUUAAUGGACAUGAAAAGGUGGUUCUCGGACGUAAGUGUGAACAUAAUGUUAAGGACGAUUGUCGGGAGGCGACUUAAUAAUCAUGGUGAAGCCGACGAGGAGAGAGAGGUCUUGAGAAAGUACAUGAAGCUCAUUGGGAGAUUUGUGGUGGCUGAUGGGUUCCCUCUCCUGAGGUGGCUCGACUUGGGUGGCCACGAGAAGGACAUGAAGAGGACUUCCGAGGAGCUCGACCAGAUGGUGCAACGAUGGUUGGACGAGCACAAGGCUAGGAGGAACUUCAACACUGGUGGAGAAAAGAGUGAGCAGGAUUUCAUGGAUGCUCUAUUAUCUAUCCAUGAAGAUGAUGGCGAGAUCGGCAGUUGCGACUCUGAUACUAUGAACAAAGCUACAUGCAUGGCACUGAUUUUAGCUGGCUCAGAUACUACAACAGUAACCAUGACAUGGGCCCUCUCUUUAUUGCUCAAUAACAAGGAAAUCCUCCAGAAGGUCCAGCAAGAACUCGACAUCCAGAUCGGGAGGGACAGGCAAGUGAAUGAAUCGGACCUCAACAACCUAUCUUACCUCCAUGCUGUCAUCAAGGAAACCUUAAGGCUCUACCCUGCCGCGCCCCUAUCCCUCCCUCAUGAGGCCAUGGAGGAUUGUAAUGUUUCGGGGUACUUCAUCUCGAAGGGAACCCAACUUAUACUGAACCUAUAUAAGAUACAGCAUGACCCACGUGUUUGGCCCAACCCGUCCGAGUUCAGCCCUGAGAGGUUCCUGACCACCCACAAGAACAUCGACGUUUGGGGACAAAACUUCGAGCUCAUACCUUUUGGAAGUGGGAGGAGGAUGUGCCCCGGAAUCUCAUGGAGCCUCCAGGUGGUAGGCCUUGCCCUCGCUUCUUUUCUUCAUGCUUUCGAUGUUUGGACGCCGGGGGAUGAGGCAGUUGACAUGGAGGAAGCUAUGGGGCUGACCAAUCUCAAGGCCACCCCUCUCGAAGUUCUCAUCACUCCUCGGAUUCCCAAACACGUGUAUAAUCAGUAAAUGCAUCAGGCCCAGGACUUUUGGGUAGACAAAUCAUUCAGUCACGAGAAAUUUCAAACCAAUCAUGAGCUAUAGUGGUUGUUUCAUGCUAGAGGUCAAUAAUAACCGUCGAUCAUUGUGCUUGCUGUAGUUAUAAUCAUUGUAUGUAAAGAAAAUGAUGGUCGUGAUUGAUCUUCUUGUGACCUGUCAUGUGCUUAAGUAAUGUUUGCUUAGUUGCACUAUGUGUAAGCAAUUGCUAUUGAGAUUUUUAGUAUUGAUACAGGGCUAGCUGUUUCUGUGGAGUCUAUGUGCUUGAGACUAUAUAUGUACGUCAGACCCAUCUUGUAUCAUUGUUGGCAAAAUGAAGGUAUAUUUAUAUACGUGAUA